AAACCGCUCAGACUGACAACAUCCCGGACAGAGAAGAGCACCGACGAGACGCGGCUCCGUGAUUCGGUACAUCUCCUCGGUGGUUUUUGUUUUGAUGGGUUAAUCUAACAGAAAAACUAACUGAAUAUUAACUGAAACAACCCAAACCUGGAAACUUGACAUGGAAUAACACAUUUUCCACCGGAGUGGCCCUUUUUUCCAUCUUGUGGUUCUUCGCCGGUUGUUGAGGCACAUUUCAUCCCGUCUGAUGUCCACCUGUUCCGGCCGGUUUGUGACCUGCAGACAGCCUCACCACGGAGCGGCAGAUAGACCAAACUCCUACUGAGAUGGCCCGUGCAGAGACCAUCGAGAACGUCGGGGAAACUGGAGGAAGCGGAGGAAGCGGCCCUCUUCCCGGCCACAACACCUGCCGCAUGGAGCUGCCUCGCCCCUUCUACAACUGGCCCGGCCUGCUCACCUCCACCAGCACCUCCCCCGGCUCGGGGACCGGUCCCAGACACCUCUACCACAACCACCACCAUUUGCACCCGUUGCAGGCCCUGUACCUGUCUUACCCGCUGGCUCACCCCCGCCCAGAGGGCAGGAGCGAGCCCCAGACUCACCAGCAGUCACCUGCGUUAUCGCCGUCACCAGCGCCUCCACGCUCGCCGCUCUGCAACCGGAGGGAAGGGAGGAGCGGAGGCGCAGGAGCACCCAGUGCCUUCUCAGGAGAGCAGUCGGAAUCGUACAGAGAGGAACGCCAGGAGGCCUCCAGCCGGCAGGGACCUCUGCCAGACCUGCUGCCCCAGAAUGAGCACCCAUCCUGGGCUUCCCCACAUCACAGAGCCCCCAGAGAAGAGGCAGUGCAGGACCUGGAGGUCAGGAGAGUGGCCAACCAGCUGAGGGCCAUCGGAGAUGAAUUUAACGCCACAGUCCUCCUCAGAGCGCACGCCGCCCCCCACUGGCAGGACUGGAGAGACGCUUGUCGAGGACUCCUCAACUUCAUCACCCAGACUCUCAGCACUCUCUACAGGCUCACUUAGAGAGACAGGGAGACGCCUCACCUGCGUGCACCGGCUACCAUGCCGGCCGACUUCAUACAUUCAGGACUUAGCCAUGGACCGUCGGACUGUGGCUAGUGAACGGAGCAACCCCGACUGGUUGCUGCACUGUCAUCUAUUUGAACCCGGAGGAUU